AUGCAGCAUCUGCAGCCACCCAUCCCUCCGAGUCCCCAGGUCCUUCGUUUACCCAUUGCCAAGUUCUCCCAUACAACCACUGCCAUCGAUCACAUCGGUCCACUGACCUGGAAUCAUGUCCCUGGAAACGGAGACCUGGCUUGCAUAUUUGAAAAGUUGCUUGAUUCCGGCUCUAUGCCAUCCAUGAUGAUUCAGAAGGUUGUUCGAGGUGAUGGCAUCCUGGAGCAGCUUGAUCUCGUAUUCUUUAGUCGCAUGGCAAGAAUGCAGGCCCAGCUGAUUCCACCCCCAAAGUCACACUUUGCUGUCGUUGUAAAGUCCCCUUGUCUUGCAGUCAAGUAUCCUCAUGGUGAAACACAUUACCUUCUGAACCCGCAGAUUCGUCGGUUUCAAAUCAAGUUCACUACAGAGCGUGACUACUUCCUGGCCUUGACUCUUCUGGGUGAAAUCAACUGUCCAUUGACAGAAGGCAAGAUACCAGUUCCAGCAAUACAACGAUUCCCUUCAGUAUCAUCAUGGACAUCAGGACAGCUGUCUUCCAUUGCCCCCAGGUCUACAAACACGGCGUCAACUUCGAGUGGGGGCAAUGGAGUCUACUUUUACCCCACGGGAGGGUUAGGAUCUGGAGGGACAACACCCAUUCGAGCAUCAUCUCCCGCGAGCACUAUUUCACACCCUACGUCAAGAUUGGGCCCUGUACCAGCUUUCAACCCCCAAUGCCAAAGCAUGGGACCGGUAGGUUUGUCUCAACCACCGCAUGCAUCUACUUUCCCACAUACGUCAAACAAAGAACCAGAUCCACCAAGCUCUCAGCUUUCCACCAUAUCUGCAAUUCAUGAUGUCGAUCAGUUAAACCAGAUGCUCCCUCCCAAGAGAGACCUACCUUUCUCAAAGCCAAGCACAAGGAAACCACAAGCUGCAAGCUUGACUCGAACAGCACAGAAGCAUCCCCAAUCAGCUCUGUCGGCAAGUUCUCAAAACACUGAGCCAACCGAUGAUCCACAGCCUGAUCCACAGCCUGAUCCACAACCCCGCGUGGUGGAGCCUAAUACUUACUCUGCUUUGCCCGACUCCGAUUCACAUCUCUUAUCCCAAACAAGUGCUUUCCCCGAGGCUAGUCAGCCAUUAUUACUUUAUGAAGACCCUACUGUUUCGCAAGAGAUAGCUCCAAUCUGCAAAUCCGCCGAACAGACACCCCAAGUACCCUGCGUUCAGAACACAUCGCAUACACAGGAUAGUCUAACUAACUCGAACUCUAACGACAACCCGGCUAGCAAGCCAAACAAUAAAGCCCCAGGCCAGAUAGAAGACCAUCUUGCGCAGUAUUUGUCUUCACCAACGGCUGAGCGAAUUGCCUUUCUUGAGAACUGGAUGUGCGAGUUGAUCGACGAUGACAGCUUCAUGACUCUAUGCGAGGACGUGGAUGGAACAUGGAGGCGGUUUGCAUUCGGACAAAGGCAGUGA